AUGGUGAUGUUGUUACAGAGGAAGAGAAGUCUCCAUGUGUGUGUAUGUGUCUGUGUGUCUGUGUGUGUGUGUGUGUCUGUGUUGUGCACGAAUGUUUCUUUGCAGAGUCAUCGACUGAGCUGCACCGCACCGCAUCGCUCCGUCGCUCUUUCGUCCGCUGCACAGUCUGUCUGGCUUUCAUCGGCUCUUUUUGCUCGUCUUCCACUCAUUCUUCUCGUCUCCGUGCGUGGAUGUGUGUAUAUGUGUGUGUGUAUGUGUGUGUGUG